AUGGCUCCCACGAAGAAACGCUCCGCUAGCGGUAUCGCCAUCCCGGACCCACUGGCUUCAGCCAGCUCCUCGCAUGCGCUGGACGCGAUGGCUACUGAUCCUUUACCUAUCGUCAAAGUCAACACUGCCAACCUGACCGAGAUCAAAGCCGCUCUGGAUGAUCUCGUCAAGCAGUACCUCGCCGACCAGUCCUUCACUCCCUCCAACCUCAAUCCCUCCAUCCACCUCGCGCUCGGCUACUCCUCUGUCCUCCUUUCGGUCGGAGGGAUGCUCUACUCCCUUCGCGUCUCGUUCGAAGAGUCCAAGCCUGUGCUCUGGAUCUCGGUCAUCGGGUACUUUGUACUCCAGACGGCACUGUGGGCGUGGAAGCGGUGGGUCGAGGGCGGGGAGGUGUUCCGAGGGAAGCGGAGACGGGUGAUCAAGCGGAUUGAAACAGACCAUCUUCGCGCCGUCACCUCUACCUCGCUGGACGCACCUACCCCUCCUCAAAUAACCUUCUCGCCUCAUAAUCGCCCCACCACACCUUCGAAUCCCAGCUCACCCCGCUCCAUAUCCUCCAUCGAGCUCUCUCCCUCCACUUCCUCCGACGCUAUCCCCGCUCUUCCGUCCAACCUCCCCGGUCUUCCCGCGGCAACCUCGACAGCAUCACUGGGCGAAGCACCGACCUACCUCCUCCAUCUCGAGCUGUCGACAACGAGCAACAAUGGGAAGUCGCUCAUACAUAAAUCGCGAGUCGUGAGCGGUAGAGGUGUAGGGUCCUUUGUGGAUGCGGAUGGAGGGGUCGAGGAGGGAGAAGUGAGGAGAUGGGUCGCGGGCGUGUUGAGUGAUGCGGGGUUGGUAGGGGCGGAAGAGGAGGGAUUGAAAGCGGAUUAG